GCACAUACACACACACACACACACACACACACACCAAUACACAAGUUUAAUGUAUAAAUUUACUAUUAUCGGUAGUACACUUUCCGAUAUGUUGUGUAUUCUUUUUAUAUGAAUUCGGAUUCAGUAUCCUUUCGAAUAAAUCCAACUAAUCAUCAGUUGAAUAGAAAUUCAUUAAUUUGAUUUCUACAGUUGGAUAAUACGAAAGACUGAAAUGCCAGAUAGAACCAGACAGAACGAAAACUAAGUUUUGGUUGACGUGUCAUAGUUACCGUGAUAAUAUUUCGUGAUUAGCGAUAUUAAUUUUUAUUUCAUUCAAAAUGUUGCGAUUUUUUAUCUUUAUUGCAAUGUGUAUUAUUUGUUCGAGUGAUAAUAUAAAAAAGUUACAGAUUGAAAAAGUUACGGAUCAAGAUCUUUUGAAUUUAAUAAAAACCGAAAAAUAUGUUGUCACGCUUUUUACAAAAUCAAAUUGUAAAGAAAGUGAUGAUUUUGAAAAAGAAUUAUUCCAUGUACGAGAAGAUUUGGUUGACAGCUUAUCUGCAUGGGUCGUUAAGGUGACAAACAGUCAACUUUUACAUCUUUAUAGUCCAGAAAAGGAGCCAGUACUUGUAUUUUUCAGGCAUGGAAAUCCUUUGUUAUAUACUGGUGCUGUAAACGAUGAAGAAAUCUUAACUGCACUUACUGAAAACAAAGAACUCGCAGUAAAAACUCUUACAGAUGAUACUUUUGAACAUUUGACUCAAGCAAGUAGCGGAGCUACAACUGGUGAUUGGUUUAUUAUGUUUUAUGCUACUAAUGACGUAAAUUCAUUAAGAAUGGGUGCAAGAUGGGAAACAGUUGGUGCAAAACUUAAGCAUAGCGUUAAUGUUGCACGCGUUGAUAAAUACAUUUCUGGUGCUGCCACAGCCAGAAGAUUCAAUGUUUAUAAUGUUCCUGAAUUUAUUUUCUUUAGACAUGGUAAAAUGUAUCGUUAUCAAAUUCCAAAAUAUGAUGUUAAUUCAUUAGUUUCCUUUGCAAGGGAUUGGUAUAGAAAUGCUCAUGCAGAAAAGGUUCCAGUUCCACAGAGCCCAUUUGAUGAUCUCACACAAAAGAUAGCAGAUUUUCUUCGUGAAAAUCCAUGGGUUAUGAAAAUAGGCAGUAUUACUAUUGGUGUACUAGUUAUCGUUUCUGUAGCUUCCAAGCUUAGACAUAAGACGGAUGUGCCACAGAAGAAGGAACAAUAAACACUCCUACUUUUUUUUUUUUUU